GAGAGAGAGAGAGAGAUAGAGAGAGAGAGGGAAAGCGACACUUUCAGUCUCUGAAAAGCAACAAGAGCUGCUAAACUGACGCUCCCUCCGCCUGUCAGCAACAACGGGGUCUUUUUUAGCUGAUUCAGCGAACACUGAGCUCCUGAAGUGCGUUAGCCUCUGCUGGACUUGUGCUUUGUGGACACGGGAUCGUGGCGCACCUGAGGAGCUGCCAGUGGCAUCCACGGCGACAGCUAUGGACAUUGAGACAGACUGUUCAGAGAACAUAUUGCAACCAGAAUCUGACCAGAACCUCGAGUCUCCUAAGAGCCCACCCUUGGAUCUGAUUGACACAGGGAAAGGCCUGAAGGUACAGACAGCCACCCCUCAUCUGGUCAGUCUGGGCAGUGGUAGGCUAAGCGUGGCCAUCACUGUACUACCUCUGAAGGAGGGAAUAACACGCAUUGGCCGCGAUGACGCCCCUGUGCCCCAGGACAUCACCAUUGAAGGCCCCGGCAUUGACGCAGAGCACUGCCUUAUUGAGAACAGAGGCGGGGUCAUCACUCUUGACCCCUGUGGACACCUCUGUUCACUUGAUGGAGUUCCCGUCACCAGACCCACCCAGCUGACGCAAGGGUAUUCUCUCUGUUUGGGUAAAUCCUACUUUUUCCGUUUCAACCACCCAGAAGAGGCCAACCGGAUGAAGAGCAUGCUGCCUCAAAAGAGCCCCGUGUCUCCGCUGGUCUACAGCACAGACUAUCUGAAGUUCAGCAGUGAUUUCAGCCACAGCAUGGGCGGGCCCAGCUCCAGAGGGAUGCGCUCCGUCUCCGAGCUGCGAGAGUUGAUGGACACCCUGCAGAGAAAGAAACAGGCUCUGGAGAACAGCCUCCGAACCAGCGUGGACACCAGCCCCUCCUACUUCAGCAUGACCCAGUCUCCACCCACUACACCCAAUUCUUUGUCACCUGUGACCACCUCCAGCCCUAUAUCGUCCUAUCAAGAGCAGGCCAGGCGUCUUUAUACCUCUGAUCGUCCACCCCUUUCGGUUAAAGUGCCCACCCACUCUUCCGGCAGCAUGCCCCCUUCGCCUCGGCGCUCAGACCCUUCACGGGAGCGGGACACCUCAUUGCCGUACUCACGGCCUAUUACCAGAAACCAGUCCCAGGACAGCCUGCUCUCGGAGAGUCGUCGUGCUCAGACGUCCGGCUCUCUGUUGUCUAUGUGGAAUGGUCCCUCUUCCAAUGUGGGUGAUUCCCUUCCGCCACCACCAGGGGGCAGUUCCAGCGGGACAGCAAGCAUGCCGUCCAGCCCGCGACUGGCCCGCAGGCUCGGUGCUCAGGACACAGGCCGGAACGGUGCUCCAGAACCUGCACCCCGCCAGAGGAAAUACUCAGCUGGUUCUUUGACCGGAUUGGGCGUGCACAGCCGCUCUUUACCCCGCCUUUAUCGCCCGACUGAUUCCUCACUAUCUCCUCUUGCCCCUCUCGUCCUCCCUGCACCCCGCCGCUCUCUGGAUAAUCGUUCAUCUCGGCCCUCCCCAGAGCAAAACCACCAUAACGCUCUCACAGAGGUGGUGUCCAUCUCCCUCUCCACCAGGUCCAGCUCCAAAAGCACCCCCGCGCCUCCAGACGUGACCGUGCCCUCAGGUGCCACCACCAGCACCAGCCCCCGGCAGGCCAAGAAGGUCAGCCUGAUCUCCAGCGGAGGCUCCUGCUCAGAUUUGGAGAGGCUGGUGGCCCGCGGGCCCUCCCCAGCUCCAGAGACAGGUCUUGGCGAGAGGAGGCAGUCAUUCGGAAAGGCCGGCCUGGGCCCACAAGGCGGCUUCCGCGAGAGGAAAGGGAGCAUCAGCUCCCUCAGUGGCAAGGAGGAGCUCCAGGACUACCACCAGAGACAACGGGAUGAGAGACUGCGAGAGCAGGAGGUGGAGAGACUGGAGCGCCAGCGUCUGGAGACCAUCCUUAGUCUGUGUUCGGAGCGGAAUCAGAGCGGCUCAGCUGUGGCAGACCUGCAGAAGAUCAAUAAGGAGCUGGAGAAGCUGCAGGUGUCUGAGGAUGAGCCCCUAUUCAUGGAAUCGUCUGGCGGUCCAGUGGAGAACGGCUACGGCUCCAGAUCCCAGGACCUCCAGGCCAGUGAGGAGCGCCAAGUACGCCAGCGUCGCGGCAGCGGGCAGAGAGACUUUAGGGCGGAGUCACCUGCUUUAAGUCUUCACAGCUCCGCCCCCACCCCUUCUCCUCGACUGACACGGCCCAGCAAGACCAGCAAGGGGUCCGAGGAGGAGCUGAAACAGGAGGUGACACGAAUCGAGGAGGAGAGGAUCCAAGUGCUCAAUAACAUGGAGGAGCUCGAGCAGAAGAUCAAAGAGCUGGACAACCAGAUGGAGGAGUCUGUCAGAGAGAUGGAGGUGGAGCGUGCUCUUUUGGAAGGAGAGCAGGACUCUGAGAUGGCUCUGCUGCAGCAGGAGAAGGAGGCUUUGGAGAAACUCAAAGAAAAGAUGGCUGACAUGGAGAAGAAAGUGCAGGCAGAGAAAUCUCAGGAUAAAGCCCAGCUCGAUGCUGAGCGGGUAAAGGUAGAGCGGCUGGCCGCCCUGCUGGCCGAUCAGCGUGCUCAGCUGGACACGUGCCCCGAGGCCCUGACAGAGCAGCUCCUCCUCCAGCUCUCCAGGGACUCUGAGGUGUUGGAAGUGGAGACCAAACGCUUUGAGGAUCUGGAGUUCCAGCAGCUGGAGAAAGAGAGUCGUCAGGACGAAGAGAAAGAGACCCAGACGCAGCAGAUCCUCAGAGAGAUCGCAGAGUACCAGCGCAGCACCGUCACCCGCAAGGAAAAGCUUCUAGCCCUGAAGAAGCAGUCAGCACAGAUAAUCCAGCAGGCCCAGAAGGAGAAGGAUAGCUUUGUGAAGGAGAAGAAUAACCUGCAGAUGAUGCUUCAGCAGGAAAAGGAGAGUCUGGCUAGCUUGGAGAAGAAGUAUGCUGAGCUCACAGGUGGGCGGGGCUUCCCUGUCAACCCCCUCAGUAUGAAAGAGGGCUAUGUCACAGUCAGUGAGAUCAAUGAACUAUAUUCUCAGCUGGGGGUAGACCCCACCCCAGCCCCCCUCCCUGCCUCAGCACAGCCCUCCCCCGAAGCCCCCACCUCUGGGCCUGAACCCCACCCCAGCCCUGGGCCUAGUCCCGAGGACAGAAGCCCCCCACCCGGACAGGACGAGCUCUGUGUCUCUUCCUGUUCGCUGCUCUGUCCUCCCUGUUCCUCCUCUCUCUCUGCGUGCUCUCGCCCUGCUCCCAAACCCCCCUCCGUGCACUGGCCGGAGGAUAUGGUCACCUACCUCAAUCCCUCUCCUCUCCCUGACUCCACCCCUCCACCUCUCCCUGCCAAAAAGCACCCACGCCACAGGCAGCAUUUCCGAAGUAUGGAGGAAAGGAGGAGGCUGGGUAAGGACGGACACUUGUGCGACACGCUUCCUCGGAAAAAGACGCAGCCAGCCAUCAACCCUCAGUUCAGCUGUGCCACGCUGGGCCGCAACAUGCCUUCUAAAUCUCACCUGCCAUUGGCUCAGAGCUCCAGCUGCGGCAGUGUGCUGAACCGGGUCCUCACAGUGUCUCCUAAAGAGACGGACACACGCCGUCUGCACAAGGGCUACAGUCAGCAGCUGGUUGGGGAAGAGAACCGGUCAAGACUGAACGAGCUGAGUGGCCGCGCUGCCUCGCAGACCAACGUCUACUUGGACUCUCUGGGUUACCGUGACAACGGCCACGCCUUCGACACGCUCAGCGUGGACAGUUCUGACAGCAUGGAGACCAGCAUCUCCGCCUGUUCACCCGACAACAUCUCCAGCGCCAGCACCUCCAACACAGCCAAGAUAGAAGAGAUGGAGCGGCUUCUGCGCGAGGCUCAAGCCGAGAAACACCGGCUCCUGGAGCACAGAGAGCGGGAGAUAGAGGUGCGGCGGCAGGCUCUAGAGGAAGAGCGGAGGAGGAGAGAAGACCUGGAAAAACGGCUCCAGGAGGAAACGAGCAGACGGCAAAAACUAAUUGAGAGGGAGGUAAAGCUACGGGAGAAACAGAGGGCCCAGUCUCGGCCGCUUACCCGCUACCUGCCCGUGAGGAAGGAUGACUUUGACCUGCGGGGACACAUCGAGUCGGCCGGCCACAGCAUCGAGACGUGCUACCAUGUGUCCAUCACGGAGAAGACCUGCCGCGGCUUCCUCAUCAAGAUGGGCGGCAAAAUCAAGACCUGGAAGAAGCGCUGGUUCGUCUUUGACCGCAACCGCAGGACACUGUCCUACUACGCAGAUAAGCAUGAGGCCAAGCUGAAAGGAGUCAUUUACUUCCAGGCUAUUGAGGAGGUGUAUUACGACCAUUUAAAGAAUGCACACAAGAGUCCAAACCCGUCCCUAACCUUCAGCGUAAAGACUCACGAUCGUGUGUAUUACAUGGUGGCUCCUUCUCCUGAGGCCAUGCGAAUCUGGAUGGACGUCAUCGUCACAGGAGCGGAGGGAUACACUCAGUUCAUGAUUUAGGAGGGCUUUUCCAGUGUGUGCCUUAAAGUCCGGACUUCUUCCACUCUCCAUCGUUGGCCGGCGGUGUCGAUGUCUCAGUAGUCUGGUGUGGACGGGUGCUGUGCACCUCCUCCAGCUUCUGGGCUUCUUCUAACCCAGGACAUGUCACAUGUCAUGUCAUUGGAUAUUGUACCCCUGUUUGAUUUGCAGGUGCAAUGGUCAGCUGGCUUGCAAGGUUAAGGUCUCAGAAAUGGACUGGAUGUAUAUCUUUGCGUUGCAUUCUAGUGAGCUUUAAUGGACUCUUUUUAAAGUGCCUUCAAAUGCUGAUGAAGCUGUAUUCUGUCUGUGCCUUACUUGUUACAUGAACACUUCUUAAGUUCACUCUUAAAAAUAAAGGUACCAUAAAUGGUUCUUUGGUGCCAUACAAAUGCUUCUUCUGGUUCCCCAAAGAACCUUCCAAUGGAUGGCUAAAGAUCUAUUUUUUAAAUGAGUUAGUGUGAAGUAAUUAAGUUUUAAUUCUGAUUAGAGACUUUCUUAGAACUGUACAUCCAGGCUAAGAACUAUGCAGAAGCCUUUAUUUUUAAGAGUCUAGCCAUUACCCACGACUGCAGCAGCUGCAACAGGCCAAAAAGUGUGUAUGUGUGGGUGUGUGUGUGUCUGUGCGAGAGAGACAGAGAGGGAGAAAAGGGAGAGAGUGAGAUAUACACACUGAGUAGCCAUGUUUCCGUUAAGAACCCCCUCAUGGUAUCUAGAUUAAUCCAGUGUGGUGACCGAAUGUUCCCCUCCAAUCUAUUUUGUCAUUAGGUGCCAUCAGUGCAGCACUAAAUUAUUACCUGUUUAAUUUAAGACCUAAUUUUGUAGAGUGAUAGAGGAGUAGCAAACUCAUAUCGUUGCUGUCAAAAAUGGUAAGAAGGCAACAGCAAACUGGUUUGCAUUUGUCAUGAAAAUUUAUGCAAUGUAAGAGAUGGCUGCCAUGUUCACAUGGUGUAGAAUUUUUUAUUUUUUUGGACAGAGACGAUAUAGUAGUAAUAGUAGUAGUGCUACUAGUGGUAGUGGUAGUAAUUCUACCAUGCUAGCUGUUUAGCUUUUCGAGUUUGACUCUCAUACUCCUGUGAGAUCUCCUCGUUGUAUCGCUGGGUGUCUUUAAGCCACACUCUGUAAAUCUGGGGAUUUGGAGGCCUCUCUGGUGGAAAUGUAUAAUUGCACGCAACGUGCAGAAGAACAUUUUGUAACGCGGGUUGUGCUUCAGACCCCUUCCCUAAUCGGAUGAAUCUGAUGAUUGCGCGCACGUUGAAAGAGUAUAGAAUGAGAAUUUGAAGGAUGGGUUUUUUUUUUUUGGAGUGAAUGAUCUACUGUUGUCAUCAUAUCUUCAUCAGUAUGAUGUUGCAGUUGAAACCUUAAACAUCAAGCCAGACCUUCUUUUUUUUAAUCCUAUGUGUGACGUUAAGACGUAAAACAUGACGUGGUCUGAAAAAUGACCUCAAAAUCUGACCCUCAGUGUAGUUUAUGUCUUGUUGCUAGCCACUAGCUAGAUCUUCCACUUUGCACAAUACUACCAAAGCUAGGAGGGUGAAGGCUGGCAUAUGCUUUCUCCAAAACAUGCGAAGUGGCAACACAUCUUUUCAAACUGGCACUAACGCAGCGUCAUUGGAAAGCUCAGCGCGGUUAGAGGAGAACACCUACUGCAUUCUGUAAUCUAAGAUAACAGACGCUUGCAUUGGCUUGCGUUGUGCUGAGUGAUGGGGGAGGGAGGCCCAUCCUUCCCACACAGAGAGAGCGAGGACAAUUACACUGUCUUGGACUCCCAGCAACUGAUGUAUGUUCACACAUUUUUUAUAGUAAUUUUAUAAAGUGGCACUACUGGUAUUUUUGUCUGUUCCUACUCAUUAACCCUCCUGAAAAAUGAAAUAUCGUGAUACAUAUGCAUUGUAAAUAUGUCCAAGUAUCAUGAGGUUAUAUUUUUGCCAUUUUGGGCCUGGGGCGAUGCCUUCACAUAAAAUGAUGUAAGCUAGCUAGCUCACUGCUGCUAUCUGAGCUAUGCUUUGGCCAGACGGUCUCUCUUGUAAGUAAAUGAACUCCUAGUAUUAUAUCGACAGUAUCGACCACGAUUAUCAAAUUUGUUUGUUCAGUUCUGUGUUGCUAACUUAAGUGAGCAAAAACACUUUGUUAGUAGAUUAAAUAUGUUUACAGUUCAUCUCACAUUUGACAUUCAUGCAAGUGACCCGUUAACCAUGUGAGUGAUUUCUGCCAAUAGAUCCACAUCUAUAACACCAGGGACCACCACGGUCACCACACUGGAACGUUGAAUUGCAGUGAAUUCCAGUUGGUUCCAGGCAUCAUGUAUUUAUGGAACACUAGACUCGAGGUCACUGCACUCUAUCGUGUUUGGUGGGGCACUUUAAUUCUAACAUGGAAGUUGAAGGGCUACGUGUUGAGUGACUGUCAUACGUUGCAGUGUGUUUGGAAGUCCUCACCUUGUGUGUUGGUCCUCAGGGAUGCACAGGUUAACGGCAAUAUUAAGGUUGUGCUGUUUUUCCUACCAAAGACAAGUGGAAACACAUAAUCCACAACGCAAAGUCUGUGUAAAGAGUCUACACAGUAACACUUCAUUACAGGGGGACAUUAUCCUCCCCAGUAAUGCUCUUAUUAAGCCUUAUCAAGCCUGUAGCUGGUAAUUAACUGGCUGCUCAUUGCUAUUUCAUUAAGCAGUGACUGGUCUGGAAGCAUUUUCCAUGGUUUUAGCUUAUUUUUAUUACAUUCUAAUUAUUUCAGUCAGAUUUUAUUUGUUUUAUGCAUCAUAGUCUUUUGCAUGUCAUUUAUUGGUAUGAAGACACCAGCUAGCGCUUUUGCAUCAAUCUAAUGUACUGAUUUGAAGUGAUAUUAAUACAGUCGUAUCCAAAUGUUUGGACACCCCCAGUUAAAUGACAUGUUCUGUUGAAUUUCAAAGUGAAAAUAAGUUAGAAUAGACUUAAAUAUGGCAAUUUUCCACACAUUUUACUGCACAAUUUCUGUUUAUUUGUUUAACACAUUGGAAAAAUAACAUAAAAUAUAAACUAUAUAUGGCUUAACAUACAUGUUAUCUGUGCCGUAACUUCGUUUUUCCCCAAUAUGUUAAAUAUAAGUAGUAAUUAUGCAUUAAAAUGUGCAGAAGUGUGUUCUCUGUAGAGGAUGUGUUCACUUAUUUUCACUUACAAAAUCAACAAAACAUGUCAUUUGACCAGAGACCCCCAAAUAAGGCUUACAUGCCAGAAGCAGAUGUCAUUGUUGAUCUCAUGAUUGAGGUAUUAAUAUGAAUCGGAAGAAAAUAAGCACAUUAUAGACCCAAUGUUUAGGUAAAUGUUUAUGAUUAUGAUGUGUAAUAUACAAGCAUGCUCUGAAAAUGCUUCAUUCACAGUUGUUAUUGUGUAAUCAUUGACUUAGGCAUUUAAUUACCAGCUCCUGGCUUGAUAAAGCUUAAUAAGAGCAUUAUAAUGCCCCCCUACACUGAAGGAUUACUGACUAGACAACAGGGGUGUGUGCGUGUGUGUCUGUAUGUGUGUCGUUAAUAUAUAUGUGUGUGUUCUGAGUGUAGUUUUAGGGUUGUGUGAUGACCAAGCUUACCAUUGUAAUAUUCACAGUAACCAAAGGUGCUAUAUGAUGUAUGCUUUCAUAUUAUGUAUAUUUUAAUGUUAUUGUUUUAUAUGGCAAAAGGCUGUUGUAACAGAACCAUAAUUAGCCAUUUGAGUUGUCAAGGCCAUGGUGUUUCUGGAUAUGCAAGAAGACCAUUUUUAUUAUUAUCGACUGUUUUAUUUAGGAAUAUAAUUUAAAAUAGUUUGGAAAAUGAUGAUAGUUACUAUCCCAAAUGCUCAAGUACAGUGUGUAUUGUUUUGUUUCGUGUAUGUAAAGAUUGAAAACUUUUUAGGCCUGUUUUUCAGGCUUUAUUAGCUCAAAAACGAUGUUCAGUUGCAGUUCUGCUUUCACCUGCCUGUGGUCGGACGGUUUAUUCAGGAAUCUGACAAUUUUUCAUUCAUCAUGGAGAGAAAUUCAUUCUCUCAUUUACUGUUGUAUUUUACACUACAGUGAUCACCUCCAUGUGACUCCACUACUCACCUAUCACCAGCAGGGGGCAGCAGUAGCCUUAGACACUCCGCCAUUGGUGAAUGUUGAUGAGCUUUGGUCUGCUGUAGAUCUCACAAAGCUGACUGAAUUUAUCGGAAUGGAUGUCCUAUUUUUGAGACGAUAUUUAUGCUAUUGUUUACCGUGCAUGCACCUAUAUUUUUGCAUCCAGAACAAUAAAGACAGGUCACAUCAUACCUGUGUAAACCUG